AAGUAGUGUCAGUAAGCUUGACAUUUGUAAAUAACGAGUAAACCAAAACCAAAACAUUGAAUUUGUGAUAGUUUAAGCCUUUGAGGUAAAUUUGGGAGUGAAAAAUGGGUUUUCCGCCAGUUCCGCCCGUAAUUAAGUCCAUUGCCCACGUUUUGAAAGUGGCAGAUGAGCAUGAAAGCCGUGACAUUGUUGUGAGCUAUUGGGCUCGCAUGUAUGCUUGCCAGUCGGCUAUGAAGCUAAUUCCUGGCAAAAAACCACCAGAAGUCUCGAAUCUAUUAAUUGCUUUGAUGGACUGGUUAGAGACAACGAAGAAGUCCCACCAUGAUCUUGAAGGGAUUACUAAUGAGACCGUAGCCCAGGCUAUGAUCGAGAAUUACGCCAUGCAGUUAUUUACGUUUGCUGACGCUCAAGACCGGGCUGAAAAUUUCAACAAAAACAUGAUUAAGGCGUUCUACACCGCUGGCAUCCUAAUGGACAUUCUGGAGCAGUUCGGCGAGCAGUCCGAGGAAAUAAUCAAUAAGAAAAAAUACGCGAAAUGGAAGGCUGCAUACAUCCAUAACUGUCUCAAAUCCGGGGAUAAGCCCACUUCUGGGGGCCCCGACGACCACUUGAAGAACGUCAUUGACGUGUCUAAGGGUGAAGACGACGCUUCCCAAAACACUCUCCUUAUUUCGCCCAGACCUUACCGCGACUUCCCCACUCAUGUGGGCUACAACCCCCCCACAGGACCAGCCCCUGCCUCCUCGCCCGUCACUCCAGUCGUGCCACCUGAGCCCCAAGAGUUCACCCCGCAGCCUGAGCCCCCCACACCGCCAGUCGCCACCACCAACAACGACGGGGGUUUUGCACCAGGUCCAGAACAGAUACAAAAGGCCCAGAAGUAUUGUAAAUACGCAACUUCGGCGCUUAAUUACGACGACGUUAAAACCGCAAUUGAGAACCUUACAAAGGCGUUAAGCCUGUUGCAGGCUGGUAAGGAAUAGACUCCGUUUUUAUUUCGCUUGUAUUUGUGUAAUUAACACUAAUAAAUGUAAGAAUAUUUAUCUUUUUUGCACUAGUUGGAAAAACAGUAGAUUCGGCUGUGACAAAAUAAUCAACUUUUGUCGAGUUUAUAAUAGUUGUUGAAUAGUUUAGAUUGUUUUUGUCCUAAGCCGCGAUGGCCUUACUGUAAGCAUUUUUCAAGCUUUAUUUUUGAAUAAUACACGUUUGAAUUAA